GGAGAUAAAAGAGUGAGGGAAAGAACAACUACACCGUAAGAAAAGCGGUGCAUAGUUUUUGUGUCAAGUGGUGUUUAAAUAAAUAAAAAAUAGGGAAAAAAUCGUGAAAAAUUGUUUGUAGGUGUGCGUGAAAAGUGUUGCGAUGGCUUCUGACGAGGAAGUGGACGAAUCUAUUGCCGGAGAGGAGGAAGCCGGCGACGAGGGUCAAAAUGAUCAGGUAGACAAUGAACAAGACUCUGACGAAGGUGCACCAAAAGGUGGCGAGGAAGACGACGAUUACGAACCGGAAGAUGGUCGUAAAAAGAAGAAGGGGAAGAAAAGAAAGGCCAGAGGGGAGGAGAAAAAGGGGAAAAAGAAGAAGAAAAAACGUAAAAACGAAAGCGGAGAAGAAAGCGAUUUUGUCGACGAGGAAGGCGGAGAUUCCGACUAUGCCGGAAGUAAAAAAGGCCGGAAGUCCAGAGGUUCCGCUAAACACUCAGCCCCCUCCACUCCGGCACCCGACACGCCAUCUGGCGGCAACGGUAAUGCAGCUGGUAUGCCUACAAUCGAUGAAGUUUGUUCGACUUUCGGUCUAACCGACGUCGAAAUCGAGUGGACCGAGACGGAAUUCACGAAUUUGUCGAGUUACAAACUCUUCCAACAGCACGUGCGCCCCCUGUUGGCCAAAGAAAACCCCAAAGUACCGAUGUCCAAGUUGAUGAUGUUGGUCGCUGCCAAAUGGAGGGAGUUUUCCAGCAUCAACCCCAACUUGAACUCCGAAACUCCAGAACAAAACACGUCGACGACGGAGGAGUAUUCGAAGCCGACUAGGACAAGAACGCCGAAAGAACCGGCUAAAGACGAAACGUUCGACGAAGACGACGAAGAGGAAGAAGAAGAAGACGAGGGUAAGAAGAAGAAAGGCAGAAGGGGCAAGAAGCCUGGAAGAAAGUCCACUAAAGUGCCCACGUUGAAAAUCAAACUUGGCAAAAGAAAACGCGGAAGUUCCGACGAAGACGGCGAAGGCAGCAACAACGGAACUGACCGCGACUCGGACGCGGAAUUCGAGCAGAUGCUGCAAGAAGCCGAGGAGCCGAGCAGCUCCAAGGCUUCGAGCAGCGAACCCUCUUCCCAGCCGGAAAAAGAGAAGACCGAGAACGCGGACGAAACGCCGCAGCCGCGUCGCAAAGCCAAAACGAAGAUCGGCAACAAGAGCAAGAAGAAGAAGAAGGUGAAGCCGAAGGAGGAGGAAAACUACGAGCACCAGGACUACUGCGAGGUGUGCCAGCAAGGCGGCGAGAUUAUCCUCUGCGAUACUUGCCCCAGAGCCUAUCACUUGGUGUGUUUGGAGCCCGAGUUGGAAGAGGCGCCUGAAGGUAAGUGGAGCUGCCCGCACUGCGAGAGUCAGGGGCCCGAAGAACCCGACGACGACGAGCACCAGGAGUUCUGCAGAGUUUGCAAGGACGGCGGCGAGUUGUUGUGUUGCGACUCGUGCCCCUCGGCGUACCACACGUUCUGUCUGAACCCGCCGCUAUCGGAGAUCCCCGACGGAGACUGGAAGUGCCCGCGGUGCUCGUGCCCGCCUCUGCCGGGCAAGGUGAACAAGAUCAUAACGUGGAAGUGGGUGUACGAGCCGGUGGACGAGAAGGCGGUCACCGCCACCGGGAAGAAACCGAAGCCGAAAAGGCACCGCGAGUUUUUCAUCAAGUGGCACGAGCUGUCGUACUGGCAUUGCAGCUGGGUGAGCGAGAUCCAGCUCGACGUCUAUCACCCGCUGAUGUUCCGCUACUACACGCGCAAGUACGACAUGGAGGAGCCGCCCAAGCCCGAAGAGGCCAUGGAGGAGACCGACGCGAGGGUCAUUAGAUUGAUGAAGAUGGGCGGUAAAAAGGACGAAGAGAUGGAGGAGAAAUACUACCGCUACGGCAUCAAGCCGGAAUGGUUGAUUGUUCAUCGCGUCAUCAACCACAGGACGAUGCGCGACGGGCGAACUUUGUACUUGAUAAAGUGGCGCGAAUUGGCUUACGACCAAGCCACGUGGGAAGAAGAAUCCGACGAAUUGCCGGGCAUCAAACCCGCCAUCGAGUACUACCUGGAUUUGCGCGCGCACGUUUUGAAUCAAGGCAAGAAGAAGGGCAAGGGGAAAAAAUCGAAAUCCAAGCCGGAACCGAUCGACGUGGAUUCCCUAUCCUCCCGCCGCUUCCAGGCCCCGCCGGAAAAACCUUGCACCGAUUUAAAACGCAAGUACGAGAAGCAACCGAUUUACCUGGACGAGUGCGGGAUGCAGCUGCACGAGUACCAGCUCGAAGGUAUCAACUGGUUGCGUUACUCGUGGGCGAACGCCACCGAUACGAUCCUGGCCGAUGAAAUGGGGCUGGGAAAAAACCAUUCAGACGAUCACGUUUUUGUACUCCUUGUACAAAGAGGGUCACUGCAAGGGCCCCUUUUUGGUCAGCGUGCCCCUCUCGACCAUCAUCAACUGGGAGCGCGAGUUCGAAACGUGGGCGCCGGAUUUCUACGUCAUCACCUACGUGGGCGACAAGGACUGCAGAACGAGCUAGCGUUUGAAGAGAGCGCCAACCGAGGAGGCAAAGCCUCCAAAAUCAAGGGCACCAACAUCAAAUUCAACGUCCUCCUCACGAGUUACGAGCUCAUCUCGAUCGACGUCGCCUGCUUGGGCAGCAUCGAUUGGGCGGUGCUCGUCGUGGACGAGGCGCACAGACUCAAAAGCAACCAAUCAAAAUUCUUCAGGCUGUUGAAUAGUUACAACAUCGCCUAUAAGUUGCUGUUGACCGGUACUCCUCUACAAAACAAUCUGGAAGAGUUGUUCCAUCUCCUGAACUUCUUGAACGGCGAGAAGUUUAAGGAUUUGUUGACUUUCCAGAGCGAGUUUGCCGACAUAUCGAAGGAAGAUCAGGUUAAGAAAUUGCACGAGAUGCUUGGACCGCACAUGUUGCGUCGUCUGAAAGCCGAUGUUUUGAAGAACAUGCCUUCCAAGUCUGAGUUUAUCGUUCGCGUUGAGUUAUCCCCGAUGCAGAAGAAGUAUUACAAGUGGAUUUUGACGAGGAAUUUCGAAGCUUUAAACCCUAAAGGGGGCGGUCAAUCGGUUUCUUUGUUGAAUAUUAUGAUGGACUUGAAGAAGUGUUGCAACCAUCCUUAUUUAUUCCCGGCGGCUUCUGAGGAAGCUCCGCUUGGCCCACACGGAAACUACGAAACUCAAGCGCUAAUUAAAGCUGCCGGUAAACUCGUACUACUCUCGAAGAUGCUGAAAAAACUGCGCGAUACAGGCCACAGAGUCUUGAUCUUCUCGCAGAUGACGAAGAUGCUGGACAUCCUCGAGGACUAUCUCGAAGGCGAGGGUUACAAAUACGAGCGUAUCGACGGAGCGAUAACCGGAAGUCUUCGUCAAGAGGCCAUAGAUCGCUUCAACGCCCCUGGAGCUCAACAGUUCGUUUUUCUGCUCUCCACGCGAGCGGGCGGUUUGGGGAUCAAUUUAGCCACAGCCGAUACUGUGAUUAUUUAUGACUCCGACUGGAACCCGCAUAAUGAUAUACAAGCGUUCUCGAGAGCCCACCGUAUCGGUCAAGCCAACAAGGUCAUGAUCUACCGCUUCGUGACGAGGAACAGCGUGGAGGAGAGGGUUACUCAAGUGGCCAAAAGGAAGAUGAUGCUGACUCACUUGGUGGUAAGACCCGGCAUGGGCAGCAAAAGCACCAACUUCACCAAGCAAGAACUGGACGACAUCCUCCGUUUCGGUACCGAAGAGUUGUUUAAAGAAGACGAAGGCAAAGAGGACGAGGCCAUCCACUACGACGACAAAGCCAUCGGGGAUUUACUGGACCGCACCAAGCAGGGUAUCGAGCAGAAAGAGAAUUGGUCGAACGAGUACCUCAGCUCUUUCAAAGUUGCGAGUUAUGUGACUAAAGAAGGCGAGGGGGAGGAGGAAGUCGAUACCGAGAUUAUUAAACAGGAAGCGGAAAAUACCGAUCCCGCCUACUGGAUAAAACUUUUAAGGCACCAUUACGAACAGCAGCAAGAAGAUAUGGCGCGCACGCUGGGUAAAGGCAAGCGCGUGCGUAAACAAGUAAAUUACAACGACGGCGGGAUGACUACGGAUACUCGCGAAGACUCGACGUGGCAAGAAAACUUAUCGGACUAUCAUUCGGAUUUCUCCGCUGGUUCCGAGGAAGAUAAAGAAGACGAUGAUUUUGACGAAAAGAACGAAGGCGGCGGCGAUAUGAGUCGCAGCCGCCGCCGCCGCAUGGAGCGCAAAGACGAACGCGACAGACCCUUACCGCCCUUAUUGGCCCGCGUUGGCGGUAACAUCGAGGUUCUCGGUUUCAACGCGCGUCAACGUAAGGCCUUCCUCAACGCGAUCAUGCGCUACGGAAUGCCGCCGCAGGACGCCUUCAACUCGCAGUGGUUGGUGCGCGAUCUGCGAGGCAAAUCGGAGAAGAACUUCAAGGCUUAUGUGUCCCUUUUCAUGCGGCAUUUAUGCGAACCUGGUGCCGAUAACUCUGAAACCUUCGCGGACGGAGUGCCGCGCGAAGGUUUGAGUCGUCAGCACGUUUUAACCCGCAUCGGGGUCAUGUCUUUGAUCAGGAAGAAGGUGCAGGAAUUCGAGCACAUCAACGGCGAGUACAGCAUGCCCGAGGUCAUCAAGAAGAACAUUUCAGAUGCGGCGGCUGCUAAAGCCGCUUCUGCCGAAAGUGAGACCCCCAAAAGUGCCACCACCAGCACUAGCACUAGCGCCGCCCCAAGUCCAGCUCCCACUCAAGCCGAGAGCGUAGAUAAAGAGAAAGAAAACGAGGAGAGUAAAGAUUCUCCCAAAGACGAUAAGGAUAAAGAAGAAGCUUCCAAAGACGACAAAGACAAGGAGAAAGAGAAAGAACCGGAAAAGGAAACGCCCGCCGAAGAAACUAAAGAACCCGUCGAGGAAAAGAAAGACGAACCCGCUCCGGAACUCAAAAAGGAAGAAGUCGAAGCAAUCAAAGAAGAGGUGAAGGAAGAAGACAAAGAAAAGGAGGAGGAAAAGGUGGAAGUCAAACCUGAGGAAAAGGGAGACGAUAAGAAGGAUAAACCUGAAGAAUCCGCCGACAAGAAGGAGGAGGAAGUCCAGAAGGAGCCCAAAGAAGAGAAGAAAGAAGACGAGGCCGAGAAGAAGAACGAGGCGAAGGCGAAUACUGAAAAGAAGGAGGGCGAAACUGAAGUUGUGAUUGUUGAAGAAGAUAAGAAAGAGGAGAAAAAGAAGCCCGAAAUCGACUUCGCCGAACUGAAGCGUCGCUUCAUGUUUAACAUCGCGGACGGAGGUUUCACCGAACUGCACACGCUCUGGCUGAACGAAGAGAAAGCCGCCACGCCUGGCCGCGAGUACGAAAUCUGGCAUCGCCGCCACGAUUACUGGCUUCUGGCCGGCAUCGUGACCCACGGUUACGGCCGUUGGCAAGACAUCCAGGCCGACGCGCGGUUCGCCAUCAUCAACGAACCGUUCAAAAUGGACGUCGGCAAAGGCAACUUCUUGGAGAUCAAGAACAAGUUCUUGGCCAGAAGAUUUAAGCUUUUGGAGCAAGCGCUCGUGAUCGAGGAGCAACUGCGUCGCGCCGCCUACUUGAACCUCACGCAGGACCCCAACCACCCCGCGAUGUCCUUGAACGCGCGCUUCGCCGAGGUGGAGUGCCUGGCCGAGUCGCACCAGCACCUCAGCAAGGAAUCCCUGGCCGGCAACAAGCCGGCCAACGCCGUGCUGCACAAGGUGCUCAACCAGCUCGAGGAGCUGCUGUCGGACAUGAAGUCGGACGUGUCGCGCCUGCCCGCCACGCUGGCGAGGAUCCCGCCCGUCGCGCAGCGGCUGCAGAUGAGCGAGAGGAGCAUCCUGAGCAGGCUGGCGGCCACCUCCUCCUCCGGAAGCCAGUCGGCUGUCCGACCGCACUGGAAAGGACGGCUGUUCAAUACCCGCGUGAAAAGAACAAGGAUAGAACGCCAAAUAGAAUUUGAUUGGCCAGAGCCGGCAGGCUACGACAACGCAUACCCAUCGCGCACCUCGCAGCGUGCUUGCCUCGAGGAUAUCAGAACGAGAACUGCAGUGGUGCCAGCAAGAGCUCAAGUAAUGAGCCAGUUUCCGGCCGGCUUCAACGCCGGUAAUUUGCCGGGUUUCGCAGCUGCAGCUGCCAACUUCGCCAACUUCCGGCCGCAGUAUUCUGUUCCUGGACAACCGCCAACAGGUUUCCCAUCAUAGAUAUAAUUUCAUCGUUUUGUACACAUUGCUCAGAACUUUAAAACUCGGCUUUUGGUGUCCUAAUUUAACUUACUUUUAUCCAUUUGAUUUAAUUAUUUUUUGUGUAGUCAAUAAAUUCGGCAUUUAUUUAUUUUUGUAAUGAUAAAUCUUCGCACGUUCUGUGCUCCUAUUAACAACUGUUGUUUUUGUCCCUCCAAGCAUAUGAAUCGAAAAGAUUGUUCAUAUUGUCUGAUAUUUUACAUUAAAAUGAUGUAUUGUGAUUUUAUAUGUAUUUUUUUAUUUAUGUGCUCAUUAAAUUUGUUAUGGGGACACAGAAUGGACCCAAUUGGUAGAAAUUUAGCAAUAGCAACUUGUUAUUCAUAUACAAGUUAAGGUAGGAUUUUUUAAAUUAUGUUUAGCAUUCCUCAGAAUAAUAAACAUUACAAAAACAUCAAA